AUAUUGAUAGUACUAUAUAGUUGAUGGUGUAAAUUUUAGUUAGUUUUUGGUGGUGGUGAGAAUUGGAGAUGUCAAUUGUUUCACCCCCUCCAAGUUCUUCUACACCAUUUGCAGCUCCACCAACUGCUUUGAAUUCUCCAGCACCUAUAUCUCAGCCCAAUGAAAACUCAUCUUCGAUUGCAUCUCCACAAUCUGCUCCUCUUGUAGCAACAUCACCACUGCCACAAUCCCCCCCUCCUCCAACAAAUAUGACAUUGCCUCCUCCAGCCUCAUCUCCACAACCACAACCACCAAUUUCUACUCCAACACCUCCUGCAAAAUCUGCUCCUCCAAUUAUUAAUCCUCCACCUACACUGUCUGGUCCGCCUGCUAGCAGCUUAACACCACCUCCAUCUUCUAGUCCACCUGUUAGUUCGCCAGAACCUCCAUCAUCCAGCAUAACAAGUAGUCCACCACCAUUACCACCUCUACCAGAACCAACUCGUCCUGCAAGUUCACCUCCACCACCAUCGACACGUCCCCCUUCAUUGUCGCCUCCUCAUUCAUCAACAAGCCCCCCUGCAUUGUCACCUCCACCACCUGUGCAAAAUCCAAGAACUCCUCCAGCACCACGAUCACCAGGGAAUCCAUCUCCUGAACCUCCUAAAAGGUCACCGCCAUCAUCCAAGCCACCUGCGAAUGCACCUCCAUCCAAGCCACCACGAAAUACUCCAGAUUCUCCAGCCUUAGUCCCUCCCAAAAAUUCACCCCCUUCACCAGCUGCAUUACCUCCUAUUAAUUCAGCAUCUUCUAGUUCACCCCCUACAAACUCAUCUCUACCAACACCUACAGCACAAUCAUCACCACCUCAAUCCACCAAUGGUGCACAACCUUCUCUUACUCCUCCUUCACCAUCAUUUCCUUCAGGCAACACUACUACAUCCAGUAACAGUUCAGCAGUAAAAUCAAAGGAUAUAGGGGAUGGAGCCAUUGGUACUGGAGGGUCCGUUGCAAUUGGCAUCAUACUUGUGUUUCUGUUGCUUGGUAUUGUUGGAGCAGCGGGAUGGUGCAUAUGGAAGCGAAAGAAAAAAGAUUCAGGCCUGAGUGGUGGUUAUAUCUUGCCAACAACUCUGAUCUCCUUUCCAAAAUCAGGUUCUGCCUCGUUAAAGUUUCGAGAAUCAAAACCUGAGAUUGGAAAUGGAGCUGGCUCCAAUAUUGCGAACACGACAGGAAACACUGGUGGAUUAGGUCAUUCAAAGCCAUGGUUUACUUAUCAAGAACUACUUGAAGCUACUAAUGAAUUUUCAGAGCAUAACCUAUUGGGCGAAGGUGGAUUUGGUUCCGUGUACAAGGGAUGCCUAGCAAAUGGGAGAGAUGUAGCAGUAAAGAAGCUUAAUAUUUAUGGGAGCCAGGGGGAACGUGAAUUCAGAGCUGAAGUUGAAAUCAUUAGUCGAAUACAUCAUCGACACUUGGUUUCACUUGUAGGUUAUUGCAUUUAUGAGAACGGAAAGCUCCUUGUAUAUGACUAUGUCCCCAAUGACACCCUUUACUUCCAUCUCCAUGAGCAGGGAAGAACUGUUAUGGAUUGGGCAACACGUGUUAAGAUUGCUGUUGGUGCAUCCCGUGGAAUAGCUUAUCUGCAUGAAGAUUGCUGUCCUCGCAUCAUUCACAGAGAUAUUAAGUCACCUAACAUUCUUUUGGAUAACAACUUUGAUGCUCGGGUUGCUGAUUUUGGAUUAGCUAAAUUAGCUCAGGAUGCAAAAAGCCAUGUUACAACACGUGUAAUGGGUACGUUUGGAUACAUGGCCCCUGAAUAUGCAUCCAGUGGAAAGCUGACUGAAAAAUCCGAUGUAUUUUCCUUUGGAGUUGUGCUUCUGGAGCUAAUUACUGGACGGAAGUCUGUGGAUGCAUCUCAGCCUUUGGGGGAGGAAAGUCUAGUUGAGUGGGCUCGACCUUUGCUUGGUAAUGCACUUGAAAAAGAGGAAUUUGAUCAGUUGACAGAUCCUCGCCUUGGGAAUAAUUACAUUGACAGUGAGAUGUUUCGAAUGAUUGAGAUUGCUGCAGCUUGUGUGCGUCACUCAGCUGCAAAGAGACCAGGGAUGGGACAGAUCAUGAGAGCUUUUGAUAGUAUGCUAAUGUCUGAUUUGACAAAUGGGAUGAAAGUUGGUGAAAGUGCAAUAUAUAACUCUGCUGAGCAAUCUGCACAGAUAAGAUUGUUUCGAAGGAUGGCAUUUCCUAGUCAAGAUGUUAAUUCAGAUUUUUCGAGUCAAAGCACCAAUUAUAGUAGAGAGUUGUCUGAACAUGUUUAGAUGAAACAUCUGUUAAUAUAUCAAAGGCUGCUUUAGCUGAGAGGUACACUGAUUAAAUUUUGUAAAGUAGGUCUCUUUUUAGCUUGACAUACAUGUAGUUUCUGCAAUUUGACAGCAAUUUUUUCUGUAAGUAACUGGUACAGCUGAUCAAGAGUUCAUUCAUUUCCUUUCUUGUUCAAGAAGGUCACAAUGCAAGUCUUGAUGAAAUGUACAGGUCCUCCGGUU